CAGAUAGUGAUUGAAAGUGAUGGUAAAAGGAUUUAGCCCAGGCAUUAACCGAGGGAGAGACAGGGAGAGAGAGGGAGAGAGAGAGAGAGGAGGGAGGGCGAUAUUUUCCAUAAAGCCUUUUUUUCCUCCUCUCUUUCUUUCUGCCCUUGAGCAUCCCGGGUAAACCCGAGCUUUGUAAAAGUGGGAAAAGGAAGUGGAGAGGAGGGGAAGGAGGGCGGGCACAAGCCUUUUUUUGACAAACUCAAUAUUUUAUACUUUUGAUACUCCUUGACGCUGGAUUUCAGUCCUGUUUUCGCAGCCGUUUCCAGAUCUAGGACACCGAUCUGCCGUGCGCAGCCAUCUACGCUGUGAUCAAAAAGUAUCCGUCGGACGGCAAAAAAAGGAAAAAAAGAAAUAAAACAGAAAAAGAAACCAAACAAACAGUGAGCCGGCUGAUAGCGGGAGUACACUGAGGACCGCGGCGGGGGACGAGUACACUGGAUGGACAAUCGGAAGAGCUCAACAAAUCUGAAAUGUCCAAUGGAUACAUCUGGAGACGCAUCAACUUCUCCUCCAUCCUCUCCAACUAGCUCCGCAGUUUCCCUGAAGGACACCGCUCUGUGAGACAUGGAUCCGCGCAAACAUCUCCCACCCAACUCCCUGCAACACUAUGGUUAGAGUGCAUGCCGAGACUCCUCUCCGUAACAUUAUCCACCCCCACGCCCACUGCCCAUCUUCCUCAGGAAAUCAGCCAUCAAAACGGUGAAGUGUCCUGCUUUCCUUUCCUCUUUGGGGCUGCCAAUAACUGACGAGAAACGCUGAGAGAAAGUUGCCGAUUCAGUGUUUCAUUUUGGGGAAUUAAUAAACCUGGAGGCAGGUGGUGUCAAUUUACCCUGACCUCUCCAUUCCAAACACAGCAGUAUGGUGGUAGGGAUGUGCACUCGUUCCCUAUGAUUAUCGCUCCAUGCUCGUAACCUGUCCUCUGAGCUCCGUGGCCCCCUCACCCUGUGCCGGACCCCUCUCCAAAUACCCCCCCAGCCUGCCAUGCUCCUUCAGGCUGUGUUGCUGCUGCUGCUGCGCUGCUUGGCCUCCACUCUGGGCCAGUACGAACUGUGCAAAUCCCUGGUGAGCACGGACGAGGGCUCAGUGUGGGAGCAUUACGCCUGCCAGCCAAAACCUAGGUCCAUGAAAGACUUUAUGCGGAUCAAGGUGGAUCCGCCUGGAAUCACAUGUGGAAGGCCACCGGAGAGGUUCUGCACUCUGGAGAACCCAUACCUAUGUAGUGACGAGUGCGAUGCCUUAAAUCCAGACCUUGCCCACCCUCCUCAGCUGAUGCAGGACAAUGAGCGCAACGGCCUAAUUACCUACUGGCAGACUGUAACAUGGCGAAAUCACCCAGUGCCCCUGCUGGCCAACGUCACCAUGUCCUGGAACAAGAGUCUGGAGCUCACAGACGAUAUCCAGAUCUCCUUUGAAUAUGGCCGUCCUACGAUCAUGGUUCUGGAUAAGUCCAUGGACCACGGACGCUCCUGGCAGCCCUACCAGUUCUAUGCCGACGACUGUCUGGAUGCAUUCAACAUGCCACCCAAACAAGUGCGCGAUCUCUCGCCUGCUAACAUCACACGGGUCAUCUGCACUGAGCAGUACUCGCGCUGGGUUGGCUCCAAGGGUGAAAAGAACGUGAAGUUUGAGGUGCGGGCACGAUUUGCUGUGUUUGCUGGACCUCGGCUACAGAACAUGGACAACCUGUACGCCCGAAUGGAAAGUAUGAAGGGACUGAAGGACUUCUUCACCUUCACCAACCUUAGGUUGAGGCUGCUCAGGCCCGCCCUCGGAGGUACCUAUGUCCAGAGAGACAACCUACUCAAGUACUUCUACGCCAUCUCCAACAUCGAGGUACCUGCCAGGUGUAAGUGUAACCUCCACGCCUCCCAGUGCCUGCCAGAUGAGGAUGGCGGGAACCUCCAGUGCCAGUGUGAACACAACACCACAGGCCAGGACUGCCAGCGCUGCAAGAAGGGCUUCAAAGCCAAGUCCUGGAAAGCAGGUUCCUACCUGCCGGCACCCAACGGAACCCCCAACACGUGUACAAUUGCUGGUUCCCCCUCUGGUUCUAACUGCGAGUGCUACGGCCACUCCAAUCGCUGCAGCUACAUCGACUACCUGAACAUCGUCACAUGCGUCAGCUGCAAGCACAACACCAGGGGCCAGAACUGCCAACACUGCAGACUGGGAUUCUACCGCAACGCCUCUGCCGAACUGGAUGAUGAGAGCGUCUGCAUCGAGUGUAACUGCAACCAGAUGGGCUCUGUUCAUGACCGGUGUAACGGCACAGGUUUCUGCCAGUGUAAAGACGGGGCCACGGGGGCCAAAUGUGACGACUGUCUGCCAGGAUACUACUGGAAGCAAGGCUGUUACCCAAACGUUUGUGACGAGGAGAUGCUCCUGUGCCAGAACGGAGGAACGUGCUACCAGAACCAGAAGUGCAUCUGUCCUCCGGAGUUCAAGGGGGUACUGUGCCAACAUUCGCGCUGUGAGGCGGGCAAGGACUGCAACGGCGCUUCUUUGCCGCACCCUUCCACGGCCACCCUGCUGCUCGGCACUCUGCUAACCUACCUGCUGGCCACAUUAACGCCCCAUUGAGCCACGAAAAUCCUCCCCACCCCCCAACUCCACCCGCCCCCCUGCCUCACACCUAAAACAUGUGUAUAUGAGCGUAUUUGUGAGGCAACGGGUGACCCAAAAUGGGAAUGGGUCGUCCCUGUAAUGGACCCAACACUGCAGCACUCUUAAAAGCGCACACGCUCACCGAUCACUACUCGACUCCCGUUCCCAUUUCAAACACACAUGCGCACUUCACAGGACUGUAAUGGCACCGGGUGUACACUCAGGUGUGCGAAGGACAAACAGAGAAUAAAUAUGAGCAACCUCACUGAAAAAAGAUGCAGUCAAAAAGGGGGGGAAAAAAAGAAAAAUCAUACCAACCACUGUUCCCUUUAUUCCUAAGCUGGAGCAAUGUGCAUCAAACCAAAAAGCAUAGACAAAAACUUAAUCACCACUGUUUCACAUCAAAGGGAAUGGCUGUUGUAAUCACAAGACUUUUCUGUUCUUUUUUCUUUUUUUAAAUUUCUUCUCUUUCUCGGUUGACUUGCGGAUCUCACUUGCGACUGACGUCGAGGGCGCGCGGUCGGGCUCAGAGUGAGGACAAGGCAUGUCGACAAGGGUCGAGCGGAGAGGCGCUUGUUUGCUGAGGCCUACGUAGUAUAUUAACCAGGUUUCAUUUUUUUUCUCUUAAUCUGAGACUUGAUUUUACAUUUAUUCUAUUCCUGCUGCAUUUUUUUUCUAAAAAAAAAUAUAUAUCUUCAGUCAUUGUAUCUAAUGUGCCCACUAGCAGUUGCUGAGAUUAUACAUAUUAUAUAAUAUCCAGGGGGUUAUGAAUUAUAAUACAUUAGUCACUAUUAUGGUUGUUAUAGGAAUGAGUGAUUGUUGCCACACUUAGCGAGAUUUAAUCUUCACACAGUAUUCAGGAAGAAGAAUUUAACUAAUCAGAAGUCUAAAAGAGAGAGAAAAGAUAUGAACCACGUAUCGAUAUUAUAUGACAUUAUUUGAAUAUUUUUUGUAGAAAUUAUUUUUGUUUGGAGUUACAAUAAAUUAUAAAAAAAGAAA